UGGCUGGGAUCUCGAGUCCUUGUUGCUACACUGGACACCAGAAACGGUGUCAGGCAUUCCUUUCGGCAGGUAAACUCGACGAAGCCCUCGAAGCACACAAAUACAUGAUGGACACCAUCGACGACAUUGCGAAGGCCAGCUGUCUCGAUUGGUCCAACGAGUUCAAGGAAAAAUGCAGCACGCUCGCUGCGGACAACGACCGUAUUCUCGGUGCAGAGAUCCCUGGCCAAGAUCACGAUGGCUAUGAUGCAGAUCCCAGUUUCUUCUAUGGAACGUAUCAACAUUCUCAGAUUUCCAGGCCAGGACUUCAACAACGCCCUGGGCGCCUCAAAAGACUUGGGCUCGCUAUGACGAGGAGGCCUCAGGAAGCUCCUGCUCCUGCUCCUGCAUCGCCCACUACCUCACCACCAGUCGCUGUCACCACCACCAUCAAAACUCAUUUACGACACCUAUUCUCCCGGUCACCCCAUCAUGCACUGCCGCCUGUUGUCGAGGUUCCUUUUGCCCAGGGUCGACUACGUAAUGCUGCAGCGGGUGCUCCUGGGAGUGAGCACUCCUUGAUACGCGAUGAAGACCCUCUUCCGCCAGACCCCAAUGCGCAACAGCACCGACAACAACAGCAGCAACAACAGCAGCAAGUAGUAGCAGUACAUACAGACCCUGGGGAACAUGGAGGCGGAAAGUCCUGUGUCUGCUGCUAGCGCGUUUUUGAAUGUCUCUCGAAUACUUCAGUCAUAUCGUCGAUCUUGUUAUGAUAUCUGUAUUGACUUGAAGCAGUAUUUUAUUGAUAGGCGAUUCAUUGAUCAGUACAUCCUUUAGAUUAUUUGGAGAGUU